CUUCCACCUCGCCCAAGCAGCGUCGGAACGCCCCACAGUAGCGAGGCAUGCUACGAUUCUGGGCUCCAGACUUGCUCGCCCUCCGCUCUCGCACUGUACCCAGCUGGCUCCCGAUAAGCGGCGGAAUGCCUCGAGCAAGCGGCUCUGGUGUGUGCGUCACCGACGCAGAAGUCACCAGACGCCCCGGAAGCCAAGCCCAUUCUGCUUUUUGUCAGCGUCACCUGCUCACCCGCCCUCUUAUACUUAUCCCAAUCCCGGGCUCCAGUUGACAUUUCCAUUUCCCCAUCCAUCCACCGUUGGCUUCAGCGAUGCUUGUCGUCGGCGUCCUCCUCUUCGGCCUCGCGGCGGCGCAGGUGCCCCCGAUCACCCCCACCCUCUUCUUCAACCUCACCAUCAACCCGCAGGACGGAUUCCCCUCCUUCUCUACCGGCGAGUGGGACCUCAUGAACAUGACGACGGGGUGGGCGGCGCGCGCGCUCAUAAACGGCCGCAUGGGCCAGGCGCAGAUGUGGAUGAACGGGCCCUUCUGCACCGCCGUCUCCAUGCAGGGCGAGUACAGCACGCCCGAGCUACAGUGGAACGAGAGCACGCCUGUCCCCGUCCGCCUCGUCCUCGACACCACGGCGACGGUGAACGCCCAAUCGGGCGGAGGGGACGUGCGCCUCGCCGCCGAAGGCGACUGGCACUACUGCGCGCCACGCGUCGACGUCGACGGCGUCGAUUUCUGGCUGUACAACAUGACGAUCACGACCGGCAUGGUCGCCGCGGCGUCCGACAUUCUCCUCGUCCCCGGCCGCAGCCAGUCGAUCCUCGACGACCAUAACAGCAUCAACGACUUUUUCCACGUCACGAGCCCCGACGCAUACGUCAACUGGGUACGGCAAGCGGGCGCGAGCGUGCGCUUCGACACGACGCUGCACCCCGUCGUCGUCGUCUUCGACAUGCCAUACUCGACUGGCUUCUUCAGACUGUACGGCAGCGUCGGGCCGGACCACUCGGACCUCGAGAUCCGGGUCGACCCCCCGCUGCCCGGCGUGCCUGCCGGCGGGCUCGUCGCCGUCAACCCGAACCGCACGAGAGAGGCGAACGAGCGUCUCCUCUUCGCGGCGCCGGUCGACCCGCACACGCGAUACACUGUCACCAUCCCGCUGCGGAGGGGACAGGAGCAGGCGCUAACCAAGGUCGACUUCCUCUCAGGAUUGGGCGUGGGCAACUACUGGCCCGAGGAACCGGCCGUCACGGACGGCCUCACGCCGCAGACUUCGAUCGGUGGCCGCGGCCUUAGUGGUGGUGCGAUCGCCGGCAUAGUGAUCGGCGCCCUCGCGGCCGUGACCCUCCUCCUCGCCGCAGCAUUCAUCUACCGCGCACGCCGCAAGACGCGCCGCGACACCCAGCGCUGGAGCGACGUCAAGCUCCGCCGCAUGUCUCUCUCCCCGCAAGUCUCGCCGCCGCGUGACGUCAAGACGCCCCUCCCCCCGUCUCCCAUAUCGCCCGUCAGCCCGCCCCAGCGUGCUCACCACUACCCGCCCAGCGCCGAAGACCUGCACGCCGAGCCGCGCACGCCGUGGCCGUGGACCGAGCGGCCGGGCCAGGCCCGUGUGUGAGCGCUGGAAGCGGGCGAGGCGAGCUGCACCCAGUGCAAAAGUACCAGAGUUGUUCGACACCGACAUAUAGCCCAUUUGACCUUGUCCAUGUUUAAUCGUUGUAAACGUAUAUGCAGCUAUAGUUCGC